UGUGUGCGCGCGCGGGCUCGCGCGCGCCUGGUCCCUCAUGGUGACCCGCUCGAAGCACUCGGCUUCCAAAGGCGGCCGAGAGCCAUCCCAUUAGAGAGCUAGCCUGCAAGAUGGGAGACAUCGAAACGCCUCUUUUGAACACACGGUGACAAACACCCCCUCCCACUCAGCGGCGACGUGCACGUGACAGUUUUCGGGCCCUCGCAACUACGUGGAAACUAGGAGUAGGUCCGCGGCUGCACACAGCCGGGCGCCGGGGUCCCCGCGCCCUCGCCCCGCUCGUCGCGGCCCGGGGGCCGAGCCACCGAGAGCAGAGGACCCCGCCCGCCGCGCCCGGCCCCCGGGAAGCGGCUCCUGAGGCGGCGGCGGCGGCCCCGGCCAUGUGGGACGCGCGGGUAACUAGGAUGGACCCCAUAGCUUACGCUGAGCUGUUGAAAGAAUCUGGCAACCAGGUGUUUAAGAACGGGAACUUCUCUUUGGCCAUCAGAAAGUAUGAUGAAGCCAUCCAGAUUCUCAUGCAGUUGUUCCAGUGGGGAGGCUGGGAAGUUCGAGGUCCAGGUGCCAGUCAAUUCAGUUCCUGGGUUCCCCCCAGGGACUUGGCUGUGCUGCUGUGCCACAAAUCCAACGCGUUUUACAGCCUUGGGAAGUGGAACGACGCAUACGAGGCUGCCAAGGAGUGUCUCCAGUGGGAUCCAACCUACGUGAAGGGAUAUUACCGAGCUGGUUAUUCUUUGCUGCGUUUGCUCCAGCCUUACGAAGCUGCUCGCAUGUUUUUUGACGGCCUGAGACUCGUGCAGCGCAGCCUGGACCAGACCCAGGUUGCUGAUUUCCUGGUGGGAUUCUUUACCACCAUGGGCAAUGACCCCAUUGUUUUGCAAAGUUUCUCGCCCUGCUUUGAUCAUAUUUUCACUACUGGAUUCUCAACUGAAGUGUGGCAAUCGGUAAUAGAAAAGUUGGCAAAGAAAGGAUUAUUACAUUCAUUUCUACUUCUAUUGGCGAGAAAAGACCGACUCCCGAGAAACAUCCACGUCCCAGAGUUAUCGCUGAGAAGUCUCUUUGAGAAAUAUGUCUUCAUUGGACUUUAUGAGAAAAUGGAGCAGGUGCCCAGAUUAGUCCAGUGGCUCAUCUCCAUUGGGGCAAGUGUCGAGACCAUAGGACCGUACCCUCUCCACGCCCUCAUGCGGCUCUGCAUCCAAGCACGGGAAAACCAUCUUUUCCGGUGGUUGAUGGACUACAAGCCCGAGUGGAAGGGUCGUAUCAACCAGAAGGAUGCGGAUGGCUGCACGGUCCUGCACGUCGUCGCCGCCCACUCCCCCGGGUACCUCAUCAAGCGACAAACGGAAGAUGUGCAGAUGCUCCUGCACUUUGGGGCAGACCCCACCCUGCUGGAUCGACAGUCCCGGUCCCCUGUGGAUGUCCUGAAGAGGAACAAGAACUUCAAAGCCAUCGAGAAAAUCAACAGUCACUUGGAAAAACUGGCUGCGUGUUCUAAGGACCUCUCAGGUCUGAGCAACGGUGAGGGACCCGCUAGCGAAAGCGACAUUUUCCGGAAGGCCUCCGAGCAGCUGGUGACCUACAUGAACUCAGGAAGCCGGUUGCAGAAAAACUUUUUGAAGCAAGAAGUGGUUCAGAGAUUCUUACGCCUUCUUUCUUCGCUGCAGGAAAUUCCUCCUGACCUGGUCUAUGACAUUAACCGCGACUGUGCCAACACCUUCAUCAAGUUUUUACUGGAAAAACAGCGAUGGCUCGAGGUGCUUCUGUUGCUGACCCGCAAAGCGAGCGGGGAGCCGCCGCUCGGGGACUGCCUCAUCAAAGACUGCGACCUCUCGGACCUCGACCUCUGUGUGGUCUUCCCCCACCUCUGCACCUGGGACCAGCGGAGGACCCAGCUCCUGGGCCACCUGAUAGACCACGGAGCCUCCCCCGAGGGUCUCCAGGGCAGCCAGGAGAGGCCGAUCACCACGUGCCUGAAGCAUGAGGACUUCGAACUGGCCUUCCUCCUCUUGACCAAGGGUGCAGAUCCUCGAGGCAUUUCUCUCACCGAAGGCGACACUCCUUUGCAUGCUGCACUCCACAUCUUUCUAGAGAUCAAAGCUGACGUCGGUUUUAACUUCCUCAAUCACCUGUUGAAUCUGUUCUGGUCCAAGCCCAGCGAAUUUCACUACCUCAACCCCAACAACCAGGACAGCAGCGGGAACACGCUGAUGCACAUCCUCUUCCAGAAGGGCAUGCUGAAGCGCAUGGGGAAGCUGAUAGGUCUGCUGGUGAAGUUUGACAUCAACUUCAACCUGAAGAACAAGGAAGGCAAGGACGUGCGGCACCGCGUUAAGAAGAACGACGCGCUGCUCCUGGCCUGGAACAAAGCCCUGCUGGAGAGCAGGCGCAGGGGCCGCCCGGACACCGCCGCCCACGCGGGGAAGCCCCUGCGCUCCGCGGCCCCAGCUCACACGUCCCAGAUCAAGGGCUCCUCCAAGUUGCCACCCUGCGGCGGCGGUGCCCGAGCCCCGCCCGGAGGAGCCGUGGUCCCUGACAGCUGGGAGACCCUCCCAGAUGCCCAGGCGAUGAGGCCGGAGCCUGGGGCGUCCAGGCCCAGCUCACGGAGAGACUGCCUCGUGCAGGACAUCACGGCUUUGAUUCGGCAGGUGGAAAUGGAUCCGUCCCUCUCAGAGGCUUGUCCCCAGGCUCCUGAGCCUCUGGAGGCGGGAGCUGGCCCUGAAGUGGAGAAGGAGCCUCAGGGCGCCCCGGGGUCGGGGGCCUCUGACAGCAGUGGGAACAACCCUGGUGCCCUUGAGGCCGUGGAGGGAUGCGUCCAUGGGGGCCUCGGGGCCCGGCAGCCCGUGCCUGCUGGUCACAGGGGGACAGAGGGCAGUGACGACCAGGACGACCAGAGCCUGCCAGAGGUCGAGGCCUGCCUCCUGGACUUCGAGAACAUGACAUGGGAGAUCGAGUGCACUUCGGAGAUGCUGAAGAAGCUGUCCAGCAAGAUCAUGACCAAGGUCAUGAAGAAGAAAAUCAUCCUUGCCAUCCAGAAUCUGGGCAACGGCGAGUGGACGCGGGGCCUGCGGAAGCGGCUGAGGAACCUGAAAGGGAGCAUCCAGCUCUUCGAGGCCAAGCUGGACAAAGGGGCCCGGAUGCUGUGGGAGCUCGCCAUCGACUUCUCCCCUCGGUGCAGCGAGAACCCUGAGAAGAUCAUCGCCGCAGAGCGCGGCGCGCACCCCUCGGAGAAGGUGGGGCGGGUCUACACGGAAAUCAUCCGGAUCUGGGACGUCGUGUUGGAUCACGACAGGCUGCCGGACUCCAUCCAGGCCAUCUGCAGCGCCUACAACCGGGGCCUGUCCUGUGUCCUGCGCAAGAAGUUAAAGGGUAUCAACAAGGGCCAGGUGUCGGCCAACAUGAAGAUCCAGAAGCGGAUUCCCCGCUGCUACGUGGAGGACACGGAGGCCGAACAGAGCGGGGCGCGUGCGGAGCCCGAGUACUUCCCGCCGGCCAGCGCCGUGGAGACGGAGUAUAACAUCAUGAAGUUCCACAGCUUCAGCACCAGCAUGGCCUCCAACAUCCUCAACGACACGACGGCCACCGUGGAGUACCCCUUCCGUGUGGGCGAGCUCGAGUACGCCGUGAUCGACCUCAACCCCCGGCCGCUGGAGCCCAUCAUCCUGAUCGGGCGGAGCGGCACCGGCAAGACCACUUGCUGCCUGUACCGGCUGUGGAAGAAAUUCCACGUUUACUGGGAGAAGGCAGGGCAGGCGGGGAGCCCUCUCCUGGCCAGACAGAUCUGGCUGAAGAGAAGGUUGGAAGUAGAGCCCCGAAAGGAGGGUCCAGGUGGGGGAGAAGAGGAGGAGGAGGAGGAAGAGGAGGAAGAGGAGGAGGAGGAAGGUUCCCUGGAGGUGGAAAUACUGGACAGCGGAGAAGAGGAGCAGGAGACUGAAGCCUGUGCCCACGGGGCCAGCGAGGAGCCUGGGGGCCCCGGGCAAGGGGCGGAGGGAUGCACCCCAGAACAGCCCCACCAGCUGGAGCAUUUACAUCAGAUCUUCGUGACCAAGAACCACGUCCUGUGCCAGGAGGUGCAGAGGAAUUUCGUGGAGCUUUCCAAGUCUACCAAGGCCACCAGCCACUACAAACCCUUGGAACCCAAUGUCCACAGACUCCAGGACCUGAGGGAUGAGAACUUUCCACUGUUUGUCACCUCCAAGCAGCUGCUCCUCUUGCUUGAUGCUUCUCUGCCCAAGCCAUUUUUCCUGAGAAAUGAAGAUGGCAGCUUGAAGAGAACCAUCAUAGGAUGGUCCACGCAGGAAGAGCUGACCAUCCCCAACUGGCAGGAGGAGGAGGAAGAGGCGGAGGCAGAGGAGGGCUACGGCGAAGAGGAGAAGGCUGCGGAAACGCGGCCGUGUGACAGCGACCCCCGGGUGUUUGUGACAUAUGAGGUGUUUGCCAAUGAAAUAUGGCCAAAAAUGAUCAAAGGGAAAACCUCCUACAACCCCGCACUGAUUUGGAAGGAAAUAAAAUCUUUUCUGAAGGGAUCUUUUGAGGCUCUCAGCUCCCCCAAAGGGAAACUGACAGAAGAAGCAUAUAAGAAAUUAGGGCGGAAGCGGUCCCCCAAUUUCAAGGAAGACCGGAGCGAGAUCUACGUCCUCUUCUGCCUGUAUCAGCAGAUCAGGUCUCAGAAAGGUUACUUUGACGAAGAGGAUGUCCUCUACAACCUGUCCCGGAGGCUGUCGAAGGUCAAGGUGCUCCCGUGGUCCAUCCACGAGCUCUAUGGUGAUGAGAUCCAGGACUUCACCCAAGCCGAGCUGGCGCUGCUGAUGAAAUGCAUCAAUGACCCCAACGCCAUGUUCCUCACCGGGGACACGGCCCAGACCAUCAUGAAGGGCGUGGCCUUCCGCUUCAGCGACCUGCGCUCCCUGUUCCACUACGCCAGCAAGAGCACCGGUGACAAGCAGUGUGCCGUGCGGAAGCCGAAGAAGAUCCACCAGCUGUACCAGAACUACAGGUCCCACUCGGGAAUCCUCAAUCUGGCAUCUGGAGUGAUAGAUUUACUUAAGUUCUAUUUCCCGGAAUCUUUUGAUCGCCUUACAAGGGAUUCUGGCCUCUUCGAUGGUCCCAAACCAAUUGUCCUGGAGUCUUGUAGUGUGAGUGACUUGGCAAUAUUGCUUCGAGGCAACAAAAGGAAAACCCAGCCCAUCGAAUUUGGAGCCCAUCAGGUGAUCCUUGUAGCCAAUGAAAUGGCAAAGGAGAAAAUUCCAGAAGAGCUGGGGUUAGCGCUUGUGCUAACAGUUUAUGAAGCAAAGGGCUUAGAAUUUGACGAUGUCCUCCUUUACAACUUUUUCACUGAUUCCGAGGCUUACAAGGAAUGGAAGAUCAUUUCCUCAUUUACUCCUUCAUCCUCCGAGUCCAGAGAGGAAAGCAGGCCACUGAUUGAAAUGCCCCUAGAGAAACGCAGCUCCUCCCCGGGGCGCCAUCUUACCGUCAAUCCGGAAAUGUACAAGCUCCUGAACGGGGAGCUGAAGCAGCUGUACACGGCCAUCACCCGGGCUCGGGUCAACCUCUGGAUCUUUGACGAAAACCCAGAGAAGCGGGCUCCUGCUUUCAAAUACUUCAUGCGAAGGGAUUUCGUCAAAGUUGUGAAAACAGAUGAAAAUAAAGACCUUGAUGAUAGCAUGUUCGUUAAGACCUCAACCCCUGCAGAAUGGAUCGCACAAGGAGAUUACUACGCUAAACACCAGUGCUGGAAGGUUGCAGCCAAGUGUUACCAAAAAGGAGGCGCACUGGAGAAGGAGAAACUGGCUUUGGCUCACAACACCGCCCUGAACAUGAAAUCCAAGAAAGUCAGCCCCAAGGAAAAGCAGGUGGAGUAUUUGGAACUGGCUAAGACCUAUCUGGAGUGCAAGGAGCCGAAGCUGUCCCUUAAGUGUCUGAGCUACGCCAAGGAGUUCCAGCUCUGUGCCCAGCUGUGCGAGAGGCUGGGAAAGAUAAGAGAUGCCGCCUAUUUCUAUAAGCGAAGCCAGUGCUACGAAGAUGCUUUCAGGUGCUUUGAGCAGAUUCAGGAAUUUGAUCUAGCCCUCAAAAUGUACUGCCAAGAGGAGCUAUUUGAAGAAGCUGCUAUGGCUGUGGAAAAGUAUGAAGAAAUGCUAAGGACCAAGACCUUUCCCAUCUCCAAGCUCUCCUACUCGGCCAGUCAGUUUUACCUGGAAGCUGCAGCCAAGUACUUGAGUGCAAAUAAGAUAAAGGAGAUGAUGGCUGUGCUCUCGAAGCUGGACACAGAGGACCAGCUGGUGUUCCUCAAGUCUCGGAAGCGGCUGGCGGAAGCUGCAGACCUCCUGAACAGGGAAGGUCGAAGAGAAGAGGCCGCCCUCCUGAUGAAGCAACACGGCUGCCUCUUAGAGGCGGCCAGGCUCACCGCCGACAAGGACUUCCAGGCCUCGUGUCUGCUGGCGGCCGCCCGCCUCAACGUGGCCAGGGAUUCGGAUGUGGACCAGACCAAGGCCAUCCUUAGAGAAGCCCUUGAGCUCUGCCAUCAGACUAAUCAGGCAUCCGGCAUCGCGGAGGCUCACUUCUUGCAGGGGGUGAUCCUGAGAGACUUUCAGAAGCUCAAGGACGCCUUCCUGAGGUUUGACAAGCUCAACCACUCCGCAGGAGCAGUGGAGGCCCUUUCCGAAGCCGCCAGCCAGUGUGAGGCUGACUCUGACAGUGUCCUGGCCCUGGCUCCAGGGGGCUUGGAAGUCCUCCUCAAUCUGGUCAGGGCCCUCAAAAGCGUGACCAACAAUGCAGAGAAGGAAAUGGUCAAGUCUUGCUUUGAGUUUUUUGGGAUUUCCCAGGUGGAUGCCAAGUAUUGCCAGAUAGCUCAGAACGACCCUGGACCCAUAUUAAGAAUAAUUUUCGACCUGGAUGUGAACUUGAGAGAGAAGAAAGCGAAAGAGCAUUUCUUGAUUAUGACGGACCAGGUGAAAUUAGCCAUCAACAAACACCUUUUGAGCAGGCUGUGUCAAAUCACACGGAGCCUCCUUGGGAAGACCUACCCGAGCGUCUGCAGGAGGUUUAUCGUCGGCUUAAAGUGUGAGGAUGAAGGCUGUGAAGAUUUCCACAGGCCUCUGCGACGCUGUGAGGCCAAGUGCGUGGUUCAGACAAAGAUACACCUAGUGGCGAUCAACGGACUGCUUUUGGAAGCCAAAAAAGUAUUCCCCAAAAGCUUAGCUGAAGAACUUGAAGAAAUCGAUCGUAUUUUGUCUAAGGAUAAGUAUGGCUUUUGCAAAUCCUUCCUGAAUGUCCUCUUCCCCAAGCAUUUCCAUCAAAGAGUGUUGUCAGAAAACCCCAUGGCGUGCAGAGAAGUCCUCAAGCCGCAUUACAAGUCCUUCCGCGCCUACAAGUCUGCCCUGAAAGAGUACGUCCAUUUCGUGUUUCAAAACGAACGGCCCCGGAGCCGCCGGGAGUCCACGGACCUGUGGCUGAGCGCCAUGCAGGCUUUCCUCCUCUCUGCCAGCUAUCCUGAGGAGCUUGAAAAGCUGCUCCACCGGGAGGAGGACAAUUACAACAGGGAACUCAAAGCCCUCCAGGCUGACAAAGAGGAAAGGGGAAGCGGGAGGGGCAGCAGGAUGAAAGGAAUAGAAGGGAAGUUCGGCAUGCUGGCGCCCAACAAGGAUGCUGAGAGUGCAGAGAAGACCCAUUUGUGCUUCAUCCGGCUGCUGGAGGAUUCCAUCCAGCAGUUGUACGUGCACAGGAACCCCGAAGGCUACAAGAGGCGCUUUUUCCGUUUCAUGAACGUCCUUGUUAAGAGGUGUAAGGAACCGCUCAUCCCCAGCAUCGGGAACACAGUGGCCCUGCUGGAGCUCCAGUUCGUCCACUGCGGGGCAGUCCUGGCCCGUCUUUGGAAGAAGGCCAUCCUGUGCCUCCCCAAGAGCUACAUCGCGCUCUUGCACUACUGGGAGUUCCUGUUCAGCAAGAGGGAGCCCGGGGACGUGUUCGCCAUCAUUCAGGAGUACAGACCGAAGGACGUGACCAGAGCCAUUCAGGCUUUCCAGUUACACCUGUCCUACCUCGUCAAGGUGCUGUGUGGCUGGGAGAACGCGAACUUCAACGUCCUGCUUGAUGCCUUCAGUGAAAUAGACUAUGUGGUCUCCGGGGAGGCGGAGCGGACCCUGGUGCUGUGCCUGGUGAUGCUGCUGAAUGCGGAGGAGUUUCUGCAGCCGUCCUGCAAGUCUCUCCUGUCCCACCACUUCCAGAAGAUCGAGGCGAGCCUGCAGCUGAUGAGCACGGACUGCCCGGACCGGGUCCCUGAGAGACUCCUCAGAGUGGUGAAGCGCGUGCUGAUGGCAGGCAACGUCAAGUCCGUGGCAGAGGCGCUGCAGGACUUGCUCUUUGAGCGGGACGAAGAGUACCUGAUGGACUGCCACUGGCGAUGGGACAGCGGGCACCCCAAAGGGGCCGGGGUGUGCGGCCUCUACCACGAGGAGGUCAGACUGAACCGCCUACUCUCCGUAGACCCCGUGGGCUACUUUGCCGAGCCAGAGGGUGAGUUCGGUCAGGACGAGACGGAGGAGCUGGCCUCUGAGGACCGGGACCACCACCUCCUGGCCGCCAUCCUCUCGCAGAAGCAGCGGAAGGCUUCCAUCCAGCGGAAGCUGAGGAGGACAUGCCUGGUGGUGUCCUUGUGCAUCAGCUGGAGGAGGAGGGCGGGGGCGCAGACCGAGCGCUUCCAGGAGGAGAGCGGGGAGCCGGUGGCCCGGAACUUCAAAAAGGCCGACGUGGACCGGACCCAGUGCGACCUCUGCGGAGUGAAGUUCAUCCGAGGUCCCGAGAACUAUUUCAGUCCAGGGAACUACUUUGGCCCGGAUCAGGCAAUUCAGGGAGCGGCUUCUGGGGCUGAGGCCCUUUCCGGGGCUGAGCUGAACGACCAGGAAGGUCGGGAGAGGAACAGUGAGUCUUACGAGCAGCACAUCCGCCUGAAAGGCCACCACAAGCAGCAAGUGGCCUACCAGAAGUACUGGAAAUUUUUCCGCGAGAGGGUGGACCCGGCUAUUGAGAAAGGCAAGCUGGUGGUGCAGGACAUCGAGCACAGCGUGUGGGUCCGCAGCCACCUGGGCUCCAAAGAGCAGAGCCACAUGCUGCAGGGGAAGGUCCAGGAGAACAUCAAGAGGGUUUCGGAUGCGGUGGAGGAUCUCUACAGGAGGAAGGCCUGGGCUGACGCGGAGGAGGUCAUGGCACGGCUGGUCAACAUCCUGAUCCCGUCCGUCAGUGAUGCGCGGGAGUGGCUGCGGAAAACAGAGCUGCACUUGAAGGAGGAAGGUAUCGUUCAGGAAGAGGAUUAUGAAAAUGAAGCUGAGGACUUUGAUGAGCUCCAACCUAGGAGGCGUUUUCAGAAAUGUGCGAAGCAGAGAAAAUACUAACAUCCACACAGCUGCUGCUUCCUAAACCUUCAGAACAUUCCAUCCUGACUUAGAAUUCCGCAUCUGGGGCAGAAGAGGAAAAGCAUGUAUAUUAGCAUAAAAAAGUGGAGGUGGGGUGUCUAACAAUGCCUUUGCUCUCUCUUCUUGUUACUUCUCUCUCACUGGUGGCUUAGGGUCUGACUACUCCCUCAGAGCAGGGGCCUCUUUACAGAGUUUUCCAAGUUCAAGUCUAACAGGGCUACUUCCCCCUAAACCAGGCUCAGGUGAGAGGAGGCGCAGCUGGAGGGAACCUUGGGCCUCCUCCCCGCCAGGCCCCCGGGUUCUCCGGCUUGUUUUCACCAUGACAUGGGUCAAUAGCAGGGACGCCCCUCACCUCCGAGUUGCCGCUGCCCUGGCCUGCGAGCCACCCGCCUAUCUCCUCAUCUCCGUUCACACCGCUGCAUCAUCAAGUAGUCCAAGUGCUGUGUGUGCCCAGGGUCCCUGUGGGCCCUGCCGCUGGCCACCCCUGACCCCAGGCCACACUGAUCAUCUCUGGGCCCACUGGUGGCGUCGUCCCUUCUGUUAUAUGUGUUAGCCUUUUCUCUCUGCGGCAGCUCUUCUGUCUGCCCUCCCUGCAUUUUUGGAGACCAUUGUCAGCUACCUGUGCAGGUCACAGUGAGACUACCUCAGCAUGUAGUCAAGAAUCCUCCCAACGUCUUUCCGGCAGCCAGCCUCAGGACCUUCCUUCUAGAAGGAAAGGCUGGGGGAUGUUGCCGGAGGUACCCAGCCUGUCUCUCCAAGGUGGUGUCCUCUGCCUUGUCUAUGGUGCAGAUAUUUCAGAAAGUGUUUUGUAUGUAGCCUUUGGUGUCUGCUUGUCUUGGGUCUCCCUGGCAAGUUUACCAUGCUUAUCUGGCUGUUCUGAUGAGUUCCUCCCACCCCGAGCUCACCGUGGGGACACCAUGACCUGUGGAGCUGCAGGUUGGGGACAGGUAGACAGAGAAGCCAGCCUGACGGUGCCGGUCCUUAGGGAUUUGGCUGUGAAUCACUGCCCCAUGGCUGGUGGGCUCGGAAAGUGGAGUGGGUUGUGGGCCUCUAACAUGCAGGACACCAUUGCUGCCUCCACUGAGCCAUCAGUAUGUCCCUUUCAGAAAGCCCUCCUGCCUCUCUUGUGGUCACUGCCCUCCCUGUCCCCCAUGCCCCAGCUCGGCCUGGUGCAAAAGGUCAGGCUCGCACUGGUCCAUCACUGUUUUGUCAUCACAGCAGAACCAGCCUUCUCCCCACGUUGCUGCUGCUUUUGCUGCUCAUUGUUUUUCCUUCACUGUCUUUCUAAAUGACUCUUUCUCUUUGAAAUGUAAGGUUUCUAAUUUUUAUUAGACUAUGGUUCUAAUUUUUAUUCUAGGUGUUUUUAUAAACUUCACUUACCGGGGUGGGGGGGGGGAGGAAAAAAAUCAAAUCUUGCUGUAUUAUCACAUUUUUAUAAAAUUAAAUCAUUUCUCUUACAUGUGGCUGUCCAUUUGUUUAUUUCCAAUCUCGACUCAGAGAGCAAACGAGUGAAUCUUGGAGAUGGUUCUUUCUGGUCAGCUGGUAGAUACUGACCAGGCCAGAAGUUUGCUGUGCUUUCUGAAACUGAGAAACCCCGGGACCCAGAGACCUGUAGCCGUUUGCAGUGUCUCUUGAGGGCCUGCUCGUGUAAGCUCUUUGCCAUUGGAUGUUCUCGUGCAGGCAGGGUGUGGACUGGAAGGGGCUUUGUCAGUGCCUCUAACAAGAACAUUUCCCUGGGAGGCGGGAGACCUGGAAUCGAAUCCUAGUCCUGCCCCAGGGAGCUGUUAUAACUGGGACAAGUUAGACCCGUUCAACACUCCCUGAGGACACCAUGCGGCACCACCCCUGGGGAAAUCAGGGUCUGGUGUGGGAGAGAGAUGGAGAUAGAGGUGUGUGAAGCAUGGGUGGUUGCAGCAUAUGCAUAACCCAGCUGGGCCUCGCUUUCUCCUGGGAGUGGUCUGAGAUCCCAGCCUGCCCUGACGCAGAGUGCUUCUGUAGGCUGUUGCCACGGGUUGGAACCCCCUCAGGUCUUGGGUCUGUGAUCCCAGUGUUUGCCUGUGCUGGGCGAGCAGGACAGCUGAGUCUUGAAAAGCAAGAGUCCAAUCUUGUGCUUCGAGGUCCAGGAGGCUCAGAUUGAGCUGGACGGUCCCAGUACCUCCUCCACCAGUGCUCACCAACAGAAUGACCUGGAGACAACCACCCCGCCAGGGUCCUUACAGCAUAAGCAUGGAGCUUAUGGGGAGGAGACCAGCAUUUAGCAGCAGGAGCUGUCAUUCCCAUUGAUGGCCUGAGUCCUGAGGCCCAGUCCUGCACCCGGGGCUUUGGUGUCCCAGGUCUUGCCCAGAAGUCCAGGGUGAGGGAGGGUUUCGGGUGCUCACAAUGACUCCCAGAUUUGGUAGAUCACUAGGAGAGCUCAGCGUACACUUGUGCUCACUGCUCUGAUUUAUUACAGCAAAAGCAUUAAUACCAAGCACCACUGGCAAAGGAAAAAGGCAAAGGGAAGUCUGGGGGCACCAGCUACAGGCUCCUGAGGGUUCCUUUCCCAGUGGAGUCACACAACAUGCUUCAUUCCACCCCUCUCUCCCCCCAGCAACUAGCUGUGACAACGUUCGAAAUGUGGCCAGUAAGUAGCUUAUUGGAGACUUGGCACUCAGGGUCUUUAUUGAGGCUAGUUCUGUAUCAAAGCCCCAGAGUCUCUGUGGAAAAUACCAUAAACCACUUGGUGGAGAAGUAAUAAAGCAUUAUUGUUUUAAGCUA